UGCCAUAAUUGCGCUGCCUGUGCCUGGAGGUCAGGUUUUUGUGCAUAUAUGAAAUGAAAUGGGCACUAGACUUCGCCCACACCUUAGUGUCUGUUAGCUUCAUCGGGAACAUCACUUUGGUAUCUCUCUCUCCUUCUCAUCGUCACUUUUCCUCCAAUGGAGUUGGGAAGCAUACUCCACUUUCUUCACGAUAAGACCAUUUUAAUCGCUGGUGCCACUGGCUUUCUCGCUAAAAUUCUUUUGGAGAAGAUAUUGAGGGUUCAACCAAAUGUGAAGAAACUUUUUCUUCUUUUAAGAGCAGAAGACACCAAAUCUGCCACCCAUCGCCUGCACAAUGAGAUCAUAGGCAAGGACUUGUUUAAAUUGCUCAAGGAGAAAUUGGGUGCAAACUUUAAUUCCUUAGUUUCCGAAAAGUUGGUUCUGGUACCUGGGGACAUAACUUGCGAGGACCUGGGCUUGAAGGAUUCUAUCCUCAGAGAAGAGAUUUGCAGUCAAACAGAUGUCAUCGUUAACUUGGCUGCAACUACUAAUUUCGAUGAGAGAUAUGAUAUUGCUUUAAGAUUAAACACCUUCGGAGCUAAGCAUGUCGUGAGUUUCGCCAAAAACUGUGUUAAACUCAAGGUGCUUGUCCACGUAUCGACUGCUUACGUAUCCGGAGAGAGAGGAGGGCUGAUAUUAGAGACCCCAUAUCACUUGGGUGAUUCACUUAAUGGAGUAACUGGACUAGAUAUCGAUGCAGAGAACAGGCUGGUACAAGGCAAAUUGAAUGAGCUCCGACAAGAAGGAGCCACCACUGAUGAAGUAAAAAUGGCCAUGAAGGACUUAGCUAUUGCCAGGGCAAGGGCGUAUGGAUGGCCAAACACGUACGUGUUCACCAAGGCAAUGGGAGAGAUGGUGGUUGAAGAUCUGAAAGGCAACAUGCCGGUUGUGAUUGUGCGUCCCACCAUCGUUACCAGCACCCUCAGAGAACCUUUCCCCGGUUGGGCUGAAGGUGUCAGGACCAUUGACAGUUUAGCUGUGGCUUAUGGGAAAGGAAAGUUGACAUGCUUCCUUGGAGACCUCGAGGCACCUGUUGAUGUGAUACCGGCGGACAUGGUGGUGAACGCGAUGCUGGUGGCAAUGGCGGCUCACGCGAAGGAGCCGAAUGAUAGGAUAUAUCAGGUCGGUUCGUCGGUGAGGAAUCAACUGAGAUACCAAAACCUUCAAGACUACGGCUUAAGAUACUUCACGGAAAAUCCCUGGAUCAACAAGAACGGAAAGCCCAUCAAGGUCAGCAGAGUCACCGUGUUGAACAACAUGGCCAGCUUUCGCAGAUACAUGUUCAUCCGCUACCUCCUCCUCUUGAAGGGACUAGAGCUGGCAAAUACGGCGUUUUGCCAGUAUUUCCACGACUCGUACAUGGAGCUCAACAGGAAAAUCCAGAUCGUCAUGCGCUUGGUUGACAUCUACCGCCCUUAUUUGUUCUUCUAUGGAGCAUUUGAUGACAUGAACACGGAGAAGUUGCGAAUGGCAGCAAGAGAAGGUGGAGUGGAGACGGAUUUGUUUUACUUUGACCCCAAAGACAUCGAUUGGGAGGAUUAUUUUAUGAACAUUCAUAUCCCUGGCAUCGUUAAGUACAUCUUCAAGUGACACUAGCUACAACAUAUCAUCCACAGAUAUAUUUAUAUUUACAUUUCUUAUCAUCUUAUCUUAUAUCAUAUAGAUAAUAAUACAUAGCCUUUUUUAUUUCUGAAACUUGUACCUGUCUUGAGUUCAAGGUUGUUAAGUUGCGCCGAAGGGAAGUCAUUACAUGCUGGCGUAAGAUCAUUUAUUCGAUGACUGUGUAAUUGCUGUCACAUGCAAGCUGCCAAGUGUACUUCAAAACUAUAUAAGCAAUCUUACCAAAUUUAUCUUCUCUGUU